AACAACAAGAAAGAGAUGAGAACAAACAAGAAUCAAGAGAGAGAGGUGUUACUACGUUAGUCUAUGAACAGUCACCCCGAGAGACUGAAAUUUCCAGACCCUCAAAUCAAACUCUUCUAUUCUCUCAUCAAUCAAUCAAUCCAGUUCCCUCUCGGAUAGGAAUGGGAAUAUAUCUCAGCACUCCAAAAACUGAAAAGUUUUCUGAAGAUGGUGAAAAUGACUGUCUUAGAUAUGGUUUAUCAUCCAUGCAAGGGUGGCGUGCAACAAUGGAAGAUGCUCAUGCUGCAUAUACUGAUCUGGAUGAGUCCACUUCAUUUUUUGGUGUCUAUGAUGGCCAUGGAGGUAAGGUGGUUGCAAAGUUUUGUGCCAAGUUUCUUCAUCAACAGUUGUUCAAAAGUGAGACAUACUUAACUGGAGAUAUAGGAGCCUCCCUUCAGAAAGCCUUUUUGAGAAUGGAUGAAAUGAUGCGUGGUCAAAGGGGAUGGAGGGAAUUAUCAAUAUUGGGGGAUAAGAUAAACAAGUUUACUGGGAUGAUAGAAGGGUUGAUUUGGUCUCCACGAAGCAGUGAUGGGAAUUGCCAUGUUGAUGAUUGGGCUUUUGAGGAGGGGCCUCAUUCUGAUUUUGCUGGACCAACUUCAGGAAGCACUGCCUGUGUUGCAGUUAUUAGAAACAACCAACUUGUUGUUGCAAAUGCUGGUGAUUCGCGUUGUGUGAUAUCCAGGAAGGGCCAGGCAUACAAUUUGUCUAGAGACCACAAACCUGAUCUUGAGAUUGAGAAGGAAAGAAUCUUAAAAGCUGGUGGUUUCAUUCACGUAGGACGAGUCAAUGGAAGUUUAAAUCUUGCAAGAGCUAUUGGUGACAUGGAAUUUAAACAGAAUAAGUUUCUUUCUGCUGAAAAACAAAUUGUAACUGCCAAUCCAGACAUCAACACUGUUGAGCUUUGUGACGAAGAUGAGUUUGUGGUGUUAGCUUGUGAUGGCAUAUGGGAUUGCAUGUCAAGUCAACAACUGGUUGAUUUUGUUCAUGAACAAUUGCACUCGGAAACAAAACUUUCUGCCGUGUGUGAAAGAGUACUUGAUCGGUGUUUGGCACCAUCAACUGCCAGUGGUGAAGGAUGUGACAACAUGACCAUGAUUGUGGUGCAGUUCAAAAGACCUGCUCAGUCCAGUGUACCAGCAGAAGAGUCCUCUUCAAACUGACAAGCUGAACCUGAAACAAAACUAGAGAGAAGUGAGAGUUAGCAUUAUUCCUCAGUGACAGUUCAAAUAUUGUAUCAUAUAUAUAUAUAUAAUAUAUAUGUGUGUGUUUAGUGUGCAACAGUGAUUAGAAUGCGUCCGCAUGGUCAUCUUCCUUUCAUCCCACAUUAUACACAACUGCUAUUCCAAUUACCGUAAAGAAUAGUACCAGUUUUUCUCCCGUUUCUUCUC